AGCCCAUGCACAUGGCACGGGUCUUCAAGUGCUGUACAUUUUAGUGGGCUUGUGCAACAAAUUCAGAUUUGGGGUCUGUCCUCAAGAAUGUCAUCGACAGAAACUAUCUCGGUGUCAUGGGAUGCCUCGAAUAAAAUAUUAGUAGCCCGACUGAUGUGAUGAGAUUUAAAAUGAUAGGUAAUAAUUAUUACAGUAACAAUGAAACCAAACCAAUCUCUUCAAUUAACCUUGGCAAUACUGAAGCCUCAUGUUGUGAAAUCUCCGUUUGCCCUUCAGAGCAUUCGUGACUUGAUAAUCGACGAGGGAUUCAAAGUUGUCAGAUCACGUAGAACAAUUAUCAAGCCAAUGGAAGCAGAAUUGUUUUAUGCGGAUCAUAAGAAGAAAUUUUUCUACAAUAGACUACUCACUUUCAUGUGUAGCGGUCCAUCCGAUAUCCACAUACUAGCAGCAAAGGAUGCAAUAUUGAAAUGGAGAAGAUUGAUGGGCCCUACAAAAGUUUAUCAUGCUCAGUUUGACGCACCUGAUAGUAUAAGAGGAAAAUAUGGUCUUUCGGAUACUAGAAAUGCAACUCAUGGAUCAGAUUCCCCAGAAUCGGCAGCACAUGAAAUAGGAAUAUUUUUCAAAGAUUUUAGCACAGAGCAAUGGUAUGAGAGUGAAGAGAUUUUUUAUAAUUUAGGAAUGAUAAAAUUCGACCCCCUCGCCUUCGUGCAUACCAUCGAUAAAAGUCAAGACAAGAGUGAGGCUAAGCCAAAUUUGGAGUAACGGAAAUCUGUAGAAUAUCGAUCUUAUUCACGAUCUUGAAUAAUGUGAUAUACUGUGUAGACAUCAAUUAAAUAUAUGUUUAAAUAGAGAAUCAUAUAUGAAAUAUGUA